AUCUUGGACUCUCCAGGCCAUCUAACCAUAGGCCUCCUGUCUCAUCAAUUUCAAUCACAGGGCCCUGUGAUUCAAUGUAUAUGUGACAGAUUUAGGGACGUGGAUACGGAUUUAGAGAGGAAUCGAUUGUCCUGUUUAAUGACCUAGUGAUUCUAAAGACUUACUAUGCUGAAGUUGAAGAGGAGUGGAGACAUGGUUAGCUGUUUAGAAGGAUUGGGUUGAAAAAAGAGUGAAGGCAAUGUAUAAGUUAGAUCCUCCCAAUGUUGAUCUCCACUGGGAGGUUCCAGUCAAAUUAAUACCAACAGUUAUCGAAAGUGAUCGAAAAACUGAAACGCGCUGUUCACUGUAUGCUCUAGCAGUGGAAAGCAUUUUAUUGGACAGAAGUGCUAAAUCAGUUCUUUCAAAGAAAAUUGGUCGUUUCUUUGAUUAUGAUGUUUCAAAACCAACGACUAUUGCAACCAGGGACAAAAAAAAAGAAGUGAAGAUUGUGUGCAAAGUAUACCAACAAAAUGAUAUGAAAGAUUUUCAUGAUAGUUUUUAUGACCAGCGCCUACAUAAAAGUUUGGAGCAAUACUUUGAAGAAAUGGGUAUUCUUGCAUCUUUGGAUAUAUUUCCCGCAUCAAGCAGGAAAUUCCGGUUGGAUAUUGAUAUUGACGGAAAGGUUUUCAAAGAGGAUCCAACAUAUCAUAGAAUCAGCUUAUUUAAUCCUGCAGGAGAACCUGUUUCUUCUAAGAGAAAAGUAGAGAGUGACACAUCCAACAUUUCUGAGACCAAAAGGGGUCCUGGAUCUUAUCCCACAAGACAAAGCACGAAUAAAGUGGAAAGAAAGCACCGGUUUAGAAUCCACAUCCCAGUUGACAUAAAAAAGAUAAUUCAAGUCAAGUUAUGUAGUGAUUGCCACAAAGAAAUUGAUGGAUAUGAAUUGAAGAAGAUACCUGAUACUGAUCUUUGGGAAGUUGAAGUCAUAUGUUCUCUACCUGAAAGACUUUUCAAUUACUAUUACGCUAUUGAAUGUGAUGCAUCUUUACAUAUUCCUUUCAUGGACUGGAAGUUCUUCAAGAACACAAAGAUGCAUAUUACAAGGAAGAUUUUUUCAGAACAGUCUGACUUGUAUUUGGCAUUUGCAUCCCAGGAUUACAAACAUGUGGAGGAUGCUUAUUAUUCUCACUGUUACUACAUAAUAAAGUCUGUCAUCGAUGGACAGGAAAGCCGGUUUAUGAAGGAAAUGGAUGAAAUGAAGAGGUUUUCUUCUCAUUUAACAAUUGAUCAGAGAAAAAACAUCAUUAUAAGUAUGAUACAUACUGUGUUAAAAGAAGAUUUGACAAAGAAGGGAAACUGUAUGGUUUUUGUAUCUUUAGUGGUACAACUUUAUCCAUACAUGGAUUUGCGUGCUAAUAUCCCUUCUGAUUUUGCAAGAAAGAUUUUACAUCAAUGUACAAUGGUGUCCAAAGAAUGUGAUCUCAAAAGGGAAGAAGUUUACCUCAGAGUUUUUGAGAUGAUUUACAUUGCAGCAGACAAUGAUCAGGCUAAUUUGCUUUCUUUUUUCAAUUGCAUGUAUCCACUUUACAAUGUGGACAUGUUUACCAAACUACUGUCAGAUCACAACAAAGGUACUCGAUCUGUAUGUUCUGUUAAGUCUCUUCAUGGUGAUAUUGAACCUGCUAAGUGCAUUUUGAAAACCUUUGUCAAAAGAUUGAGUUUGCAAGCAGAGGAAGAUGAAAAAUCCAAGACAUUGCAAUUUGUUGAAAAACUUCAGAGAAUUCUGAAUUUUGACCUCCAGAUUGUGGUAUGUGAAACACUGAUGCAAGAAAGAGCACUCUGUGAUACAUCAUUGGACAUAUUGCAGUCUGCAUGUGAAAUAAUCUUAGUUGAAACCUCAAAAAGAGGUGACAUUUUGGGAGUAACAAAGGAAUGGGAAAAGAUGAAGAGGUGCCCAUUCAUUUCUUGUGAGAAAAUUCAGGCCAAAGUUGAAAAAUGUAUUUUAGAAAGUUUUGACAAAGCCACUGAAAAUCAAAUGAGGACAUCAUAUGCCAAAUUAAAAGAGAUUUGCAUUAAUGGAUCACUAUUUAGUGAUACUGAUACCAAGCUGAAACUAAUGAGAAAAUUUGCAGCAUCACCGAGUAGAGAAGUGCACCUCUUGGUUGCAGAGUGUCUCUUACAGAAAAGAUUUCAAGAAAUCCCAGAAAAGGAUGCUGAUGAAAUUGUGUUGUCAUGGUUUGAGUAUGCAUGUAAACGUCAUUGUGGAUUUAAUCACACAAGAAAACAGCUGUCAGGCUUCCUCACAAGUCUCUAUGCUUACUAUAGUGAAGUAGUGUUCAAUCCAUGGCUCUCUACCCAUACAGAACUUUUGGAAAACUUAGAGAAAAGAACAUUUGAAUACUUAAAAGAAGAAGACAUCUUGGAAAUUAUUAAAGCCAUGCCAGAGAUAGAGAUGUGGAUGCAAGAAACCACUGACGACCUAUUCAGAGCACAUAUCCAAGCAUUGGUCCAAGAAGGCCUUGAAAGUGGAGAUAUUAACAAGCAAGAUUUGUUUGGACAAACCAAAUAUUGCGUUGUGAAUUCCAGAAUGACAUUGCAGUACUUUUUGACACUUAUGGAGUGUUCAGGAUUGAAGUCAGACAUGGGGUUGGAAGAUGCUUUAUCAAUUAUCCUCAGUGGUCAUCAUCUAUGGAGAAGUAUUUUGACUGCAUCUGGAAAGAAAGAGAAUGAUAUUCAUGAAAAUAAGUUUGCUGUGAAAGCCAGGGAAAUGAUUUUGGAUUUAAAGCAGGCUAUUGAAAAGGAAAUUAUUCAGAUGAAGUUUUUAAUUGAAAUUGAAAACAGAAAGAAAAUUUGCUUGGAAUUAAUUUCAGUAGCCAGUAAAGCAGGAUGUGAAAAAGUUGAAAAGAGAUGGUCAGAAAUAUCAGCAAAUUUCAAGGCGAUGAAACAGAGUUUGGGCUAUACUCUUGGUGUUUUCCAAGAAGCAAAGAAAAGGAUAAAAUUGGAUUUACCACAAACUGAGUGUGUUUUGGCAUGCUUGAAGUUCUUUGAGGAGAUGCAGACUACACUCAAUGAAGGAUGUUUGAAUAUUGCAGAUGCCAGACAACUCCUUGAUCCUGAUGGUUUGGUAAAAGAAAUAUGUGACCACUGCCAGAACCUUAAAGAAGUUGUAAAAUCCUAUGUUUACUGGAAUAUUUCUUUUCAACACUUCCAUGAACUUGAUGUACAAAUAGAUACUCAGUUGGAGGAUGAAAUGGAAACUUCAUUUGGAAUUGCUUUUCUUUUUGAAGAAAAUGAGGAAACUGAUACAGACAAUGUAAUGAAAUUGAAUUUGCAGAAAGGGUGUAGAUUUCUCUGGUAUCUAUCAGCAAUUGUUUUCAAAAAGUAUCAUGAAUUUUGGUUUCCAUUACUCUCGGGAACGGAUGCUCAAAUUUCAACAAUACAAAAAAACUUGGAGAACUCGAAUGUCAUGGAAGAAUUGGAACUUGCACAAAGCACGUGUAAAUGCCAAGCAAUUUCCAAAGUAAAAAAUGCACUGAAAAAGUACAGUGAAUUUGAAACACAAAAUGAAAAAGUUACAUUGAUGAAGAGUGUGUUGAAUGCAUUUGAGGUAGAUUUUGCAAACGAUCAGAAUUUUCAGGAAGCAUUGUCAGAGUAUGAAAAGCUAUUAGAAGGACACGUUGAGAAUUUGACAGUUUUUCAAAUUGGUACAUCAUUGAUGUUGGUGGGAAAUGUUGUAGACAUGGUAGAUAGUGACAUGGUAGCAGUGUUGCAAGAACUUCAAAAAUCCUCUGUUCUGAUAGAAUUCCUGAAGACUGUUGUGGAUGAAGACAUAAGAAAUUUGAUUGAUGCAGUGGAAGAACAUUCAGAGCAAUAUGUUAGGGAGUCAACUGUGUCUGACCUGAUAGAAGUUAAAAGGUUUAUCCAACCUUUUCUGAAACAGAAAUAUGAUAAAAAUGUGAACGGGUUUUUUAGCAAUAUGAAAAAGUCGCUCGAAACAAGUGGGAUAAAAAAUCUGGAUAAGAAAAUUUACGAGUGCUCCAGCAAUCUUCAUAGUUUGAAGGCUUUAUAUAAUCAUGUAGCAAAUAGAGGUGAACACACAAGAGAAAUUGUUGAAAACAUUGUUCAUCGUGGAAAAUUCAAUUUUUGCUUGAAGGAAAAUGAGUGUGAUGUUGUUGUUGAGUACAAGCAAGAUAAAAAAACUCACUCUUACUCAAAAGCAUAUAUGAAUGACUUGAGAAGCAGGGCAUUAUUGAUGAUCAACACUGAAGACAAACAACAAGGAAAGGCACCCACAUCACCAAAUAAAAAAGAGUAUCUUUCCUCUUUCAUUGAAAUUAUUGAUUGUGCAUUAGAUAUCAGUCAAAUGUGUUUUCUACUGAAAGAAGCUGGUCACUUUCAAUUUGCCAGAUUUGACCAGAAGAAGAGAAAAGAACAGUUGGGAGAUCUUCUCGUUGAACUUAAAUCAAUGUACAGUGACUGGUGCAAGAUUUUAACUGAAUGUCGCAGAAAGUUCUAUCUGAUGAAUUACAUUCAUUCAGACCAGUUACAAAUGUUGUACAAUUUUGCAAAGGAUGGAAAGGGCAGAGAUUCGGUCAUUACUAUUCUAAGAUUCAUUAAUCCAGGUAUGACAAACUUGGAACAUAUUUUGGAUGCUUUGAAACUAGAUAUACACGUAGCAGACAAGAGUCCCCAAAAAAUCCUUGAAGCACUGGGUGAAAUUUUUGAAAACCUAUGGAAAAACUUGAAUCCAAAAACAGAGAGGAUGUUUGACAAAAAAGCAAGUAGGAAAUUUUCCGAAAUAGUUCAAGCAGGACGCCUUUAUGUAGCAGCCUUGGAACCCGACAGUCAGUUUGUUGUGAGAACAUUGUUAGCUUUACAUCGCAACACAACCCAGAAAGUACCGCUUGCACACAAUGUUCUUUUGUGUAAUAAAAGCACUUCAUCUGAUGACAUAACAUUGCUUUUAAAUCGCUGUUUAGGAUGCAAAAAUGACCAAUUGUUUACAGUUGCAAACAUAGAAAUGUUAACUCCAGAUACCCAAGAUUAUCUCAUUGACAAGUUGAGAGAGAUGCAAAGCAAUUCAUCAUAUCUUCUUGCCCUGCUCUGCAGAGGAAAUAGUCACCAUCCUUUUCUUGAGAGGUUUGCAGAUCAUGUGAUGCGACCAAAACCCAUUACUGAGAAUGAGUUAAAAGAAUUUUUGAAACAAAAUUAUCCCAACAUGUUGACAAUUACAUCUGAUGUCCCAGGUCUUGGUAAAAGUGAAGAGGUGCAAAGAAUUGCGCUGAGGAAUGAUAUUGGGAAAAUAACUUUACAUGUCAGUGGAUUGUUUGAAAGGGAAAAGAUAGUUGAGCAAUUAACAAAGCUUACAAUUAAACCGUAUCACGUUCUGCAUAUAGAUGUUGGUCCAGUAGAUGAACCAUCUGAACUUGAUGCCUUUUUGUUUGAAUUGAUCGUUUUGAGGUAUGUUUCAGCACGAAAGUUUGCCUUUGCAUUAAACACAAAUUACAUUUGUGUCGAGAUUUCAAACUCGGUGAAUCAGGAUUUGAGCAAUUCUUUACCAACUAUGACGUGCUUCAAACGUGAACAUCUGAUAUGGGACAACUACAAAAGUAUGCACAUAAGUCAGGAAAUCAAUAGUCCAGUACAAGUUGUUUGUCAUUAUUUACAAUUGCUUGAUUCAGGACAGUUGGAUCAAACUGAUGUUUACCUUACUGGGAAAGAAAAAAGUUGUCCAUUAUCUUCAGUGGUUUGCAGAAAUAUACUCCAGAAGCACUUAUCAACAUCAGGGAAUUUAUCAUACACUAUCGUCAACAUUUUUCUAGGUGUGCUUGCGGAUCAACUUAAGAAACUGUCAUCCAGUGUUUUUUUUAGGACAUCAAACAUUCAGCAUCAGACUGUCAAAAGUGAACUGGUAUUGGCACUGAAAAAUAUGUCUACUGAUUUUUCCUCAAGAUCAAUCAAUGCAUGUAGGUCUACUCAACUUGCAUCAAUGUCUGUGAUGGGUUCAUCAGAACCUUCGAAACAAGGUAUCCCUUUGACUUGUGCCGAAGUUUUAGCGAAAAGAACAGAAGGCAUGGUCAGAUGGGAGGACAGCAAUCAUUUGAUGGUCCUUUUUCACCAUGAUUUGCAAACAGUCUCUGCACUCUACAGAAAUAAAGACAAAGUUCCAAAACAAAUUUCAAAUCUUUUUGAAAGCCAACUGAAAAAGAAGUUAGAGGAUUUUGGAUGUAAAACUCAAGAUGAAUUGCAAUCAAUAUUGCUGAAACUUGUACAGCAUCCCUCAGAAGUUGAUAGUGCAUUGAGUAAAAUUUCAAAAGAUUAUGCAUUAACCCCAGACAAUUUGCUGAAGAUGGUGUUGAUAAUACUGCGAUUAAAUGGGCACCAGCCAGUAGUAAUAAUGGGAGAAACAGGUUGUGGAAAAACAUCAUUAGUCAGAUUUCUCUCUGUGGUCUGCCAAGUUGACUUUCUAGUUCUGAGUAUACAUGCAGGUGUCACAGAGGAAACAAUUGAAAGACGAGUUCGUGAGUGUGAUAUCAAAGCAAAGGCGAACUUCAAAAGAAGAAUCUGGUUAUUUUUAGAUGAAAUAAAUACAUGCGACCAUUUGGGGCUGAUAUGUGACAUUGUUUGUCAUCAUAGAUGCAAAGGAGCACUUUUAUCUCCAAAUCUGAAAAUCCUUGCUGCUUGUAAUCCAUACAGACUGCGAUCAGACAAAUCAAUAUUGACCUCAGGUCUUCAAGGGAAAGUGAAAACUGAUCAGCUUUCAAAAUUAGUGUACAGAGUGCAACCUCUUCCAGAAACAAUGAUUGAUUAUGUCUGGGACUAUGGCAGUUUAAAGAGGGAAGAUGAAAAGGCAUACAUAGAAAGAAUGGUUCAAGGAGUGUUCAAAUCAAGAAAAUAUGUGGAUUUGCUUGUGAAUUUGCUAACUAUGUCUCAACAGUUUGUUCAGGAGGAAGAAGGCAGUGACUGCUGUGUUAGCUUAAGGGAUGUUGAAAGAUGCAGAAAACUUGUUGUGUGGUUUUUAGACAUUCUGAAAAAGAAGAACGAAAGUCAAUCUUAUGUUACCUAUAGAAUACAGAAAGAAGCCAUUAUUCUUGCCCUCAGUAUCUGUUAUCAUAGUCGGUUUCCUGACAAUGAUACGAGGAAACGAUACAGACAAAAAGUUGCUCAUUGCUGUAAAAUGAUACCAGAAUUACAUUUGGAUGAAGAAGAGAAAAUUGAAAAUAUCAUUAUUGGUGAACAAAAUGAUAUAUUGAACAGAAUGGAGCUACCUUUGGGAACAGCUAAGAACACCGCCCUAAGAGAGAAUGUAUUUGUCAUCCUUGUAUGUAUAUUGAAUCGAAUACCGGUGUUUGUUGUUGGAAAACCAGGAUGCAGCAAAUCUUUGUCAAUGCAGCUCAUCAGAAGUAAUCUAAGAGGAAAAGACUCUGGAGAUCGGUUUUUUAAGUCCUUACCUCACCUGUACUGUGUGUCAUUUCAGGGAUCAGAAUCUUCAACAUCAGAUGGAAUAAUCAAAGUGUUUGAGAAAGCAAAGAAAUACCAAAACCACAGUCAGGUAGAUGAUAUAAUGUCAGUUGUCAUUCUUGAUGAAAUUGGUUUAGCUGAAAUUUCAAGAUUCAAUCCUCUGAAGGUUCUUCACAGUCUCUUGGAACCAGAAAAUCAAACAGCACCAGAUGUUGCUGUUGUUGGGAUUUCAAAUUGGGCACUUGAUGCUGCAAAAAUGAAUAGAGCUAUUCAUUUGUCAAGACCAGAAAUGGAUGAAAAAGAGUUGUAUCAAACUGCAUUAUCAAUUACCGAAUCCUUAAUGAGUCGGCCUGAAACUUCUCAAGCUUCAAAAUUCUCCAUUAAAAAGGGAGACAAAGGUGCAAAAAUGACCACAGAAAUAAAAGAUCUUUUACGGAAACUGGCAAACUCAUAUUUUUUGUACAACAAGAAGCAACAGUACAAAAAUUUUCAUGGGUUGAGAGACUUUUAUUCUCUAACAAAAUAUAUUGGCAAAGGAAUACUUGUUGAUAAACAAGACCAGAUUGAUUGUGUUAUUGUUCGUGGUCUUUUGAGAAAUCUUGGAGGACUUUCAUCGGAACUCAAGAAAUCUAUGCUAUCUGAAUUUGAACAGUGUUUGCAGGCUGAAAAUCAUCCUGAAAUUGGUGUUUUAGAAUUGAUACAAGACAACUUGAUGGAUCGACAAAGCAGACAUCUGAUGCUGAUCACAAAUGGUGAUGCAGUACUAAGUGUCUUAGAAGAUAAAAUUAAAGACAUGAAACGUCAACAUGUUGUGAUCUUUGGAAGUCAGUUUGAAGAGGAUCUGACAGAUGACUACAAUUACCGCAUUUUAAGUCGUAUUAUUUUGUGCAUGGAGCAAGGAUACGUUUUAAUUUUGAAAGACUUGGAAAAUAUUUACGGAAGUCUCUAUGACAUGCUCAAUCAAAACUACACAGUAGUUGGUAGCAAGAAGAACUGUCGAGUUGCACUAGGUCCUUACAGCAAUCCCAUGUGUCAUGUUCAUGAAGACUUUAAAUGCAUUGUUCUGGUUGAGGAAUCAAAACUUGACUAUUCUGACCCUCCAUUCCUGAAUAGAUUUGAAAAACAGCAAUUCAGAUUUGAAGACAUGAUGGAUGAAAAGGCAAUAUGCAUCAAAAAUAAACUCAAGGAUUUCAUUCAAGAUUUUUGCGAGUGUGAGACUUAUUCAUUUCAACCAGCAGAUGUGUUUGCAAUCUCUGGAGAAAAUAUACUGUCAUCUCUUGUACUGAAGAUACAGAAAGAAGAAAACAGUGAUGAAAAAAUAAUCAAUAUUGGUCAGAAUGAACUACUGUGGAUAACUACACCAGAAGCUGUACUUCGACUAAGAAUUUCGGAGCUUUGGAAAACUAAAUCCAACACCGUUAAAAGACUUGAAAAUGAUUUCUUUGGUUUACCAAUACAUGGUGGUCUUUUUCGGCUCUUAAGUUCACUGGAUUCUGGACAGGAUGAAGAAAAUAAUGACUGUUGGAUGAACAGAGAUAGGUCUUUGGUAGCUGUUUUUACUUAUGACACUCUUAUUCAACCCAUUCAUGGCACUGAAAGUUCGCAAAUGAUGAUUGAAAAGCUAGGAAAUUUUAAAUCGGAAAAGCAUUUAAGUCGGAAAGUGCAGCAUUUCUUUGAUUCUGAUUUAAGUCAACUGAUUCUUCACUGCAAUUUAGCUGAAGACUUUGAGCAUAUUCUUCUUGCUAAAUCCACCAUAGAAAACUGCAAAAGAGACAAUAAGAUGGAAGAGACAAGAUCCAAAAAUGUUUGCUUAGUGUGUCACUUGGAAAGACAAGAAUUAAAACAGAGAACAGUGACACAAAUAAACUUCUUGUCUGGUUGGAAACUUGCAAUGUUAGAUACUCUAUAUGAGCCAAGAAUGCCAUUAACAAAAAUGGUGAACAUGUCCGUAAUGGAAGUAAUACAAGGUAGAAGACCCAUGACAGACACAAUAAGAGAACACAUCUUUUGGGCAUUUACCACAGUACAGUAUGUUGGAACUGGCCACACUGCAGAGAAGAUGAUGAAAAUCAUACGUGAUGUCCAAGAUUCAGAAAGGAGUUUAGUUGUACUGGAGGAAUUGGUGUAUUCCAGUAUUUGCAAAGCAGCUGAAAAAUACUCUGACAAGUGGCAAAGAAAUGUUGCUUGUGACAAACAUGCUCUUUUAAAAGGGUCAUGCUACAUGAAUGCUUUGGAACAAUAUUUGCUGGAUCUGAUAAAGAAACCUUUGUGCAAAAUUAUUUUCAAGCUUGAAGAGGCCAAUGCACUUGAAAGCAUUUUUUAUGACGAUGGCAGACAGAUCGAGAGAUUUUCUUUAUGGAGAAACUUGACUUUCAAAGAAAGUUUUAUGGACAUUGUAGAAACCCCAGAUCCAUCUGGACCAGAGUGUUACACUUGCAGUUCAAAAAGACUUACUAUGAUACUGCCAUUCAGCUUCGUUGUCAUGAACAGAAUUGAGAAAACAAAAGAUGACUUUUUGAACACUCUGAAACAGCUGAGAAUUUCAUGCAAUUUGGAUGAAGAUGAAGAGAUUCCAAUAGAAUUGUUUAGAGAACUUGUGUCCAAGUACAAAGACAUUGUCGAGCAAGAUUUAACAGAUUACAUCGAAGUUGAUUACUCUGAGAAAUUUUCGGAGUAUCAACAUGAUUUUGGUGUUUUGAUGACCCCACAGAAGGCAACUCUAGAUGAUGAAGAGAGAGUAAAAAUAAUGAAAUGGUCACAUGAUAUCUUUGGUAAAAAUGAUUUGUGUAAUGACUUUACCAUGCAAGUUACCCAUCUCCAUGUUUUGAAUUGGUUAUACAGCAGUGUUGUAGAUUCAAUUAUCCAAGUCCUGGGUGUUGUAAAAGAAAAAACAGAUGUUUCCAUUGAUGAAAUUCUUCAUAACACAAGUGAACAGAAUUCUGAAGUGAAUUCAGAUAUAAAUGAUUCAGUGGAAACCAUGAAAUCUGCUGCAGGAGAUGAAGAAAUACAGGAAGGAUCUUCAAUUAUCCAAGUCAUGGGUAUUGUAAAUGAUGAAACUUUUCAUAACGCAAGUGAACAAAAUUUUGAAGAAAAUUCAGAUGUAAAUGAUCCAGUGGAAAACAUGAAAUUUGCUGCAGGGAAUGAAGAAAUACAGGAAGUGUCUUCAGAAAGCUCGUCUGAAGAGGACAAAAGAAAAUUGUUUGUUGACAGAUUGUGUAAAAUAUUCUUACCAACAACUAAGUUAAUGACUAGUUCAUCAGUUCAGAAAUGGCAAUAUUUGGUUAGUGGCGUUUUACCACUGUUUGCAGAAAUUUCACUAGAUCCACCAUCAGUACAUAUGCUAAGAUUUUGCAGUGAUAUAUCACAAGCUAUUCUUGCAUUAGAUGGGAAAGAUGCUGUUCAACUUCUUUCAACAUUUGGAGACCGUUUGUGCCAUGGCGUAAAGCUUCAGGCAAGUGAAAUGUUCAAAUUGAUGAUGAGUCAGAUUGAAUCAAUGCAGGAGGGUAAAGAAGUAGGUGUGAUAAAUCCUCAACGGUGUGUUUGCCAAUAUCUGUGGAGAUGUCUUGCGAUAAACCCAGAACAGAAUCCUGCAGUGGAGUGGUUUUUGUCAUCAGUUGCUGAUGGAUCUUUGUCAAACACAUAUCUCAAAUUUUUUUCCCCAAUUCUCGAAAUCAUCAUCGACAUGGAGAAUGAAAAUGAAGAUGAACUUUGUAAUCUAAUUGGCAUGAACUCUGAAGACCUUGAUGAAGAAGGAUAUUUACAUGUGCUGCAUUGCUGCAUUGAUUUACAUUGUACAAAUGGAGACCCUGAUACAAACAUCUCUUCUCUCCUUGUGACAAUUUUUCAAGACAUAUAUGGUGGCAUGUUAACUGUAGAAAACUUGGAGGCCAUUGGGGGAAAUUCAGAUGAACUAUUACAGUUGGCAUUUAAAGCAACAACAGUACUGCAAAACAACAAAGGAUGUUCCCUCAGCCUAGUUGCAUCUGUUGGUUACCUACAGUCACUAUUAAAGGCAUAUGUUAGUCUUUUGAGAGAGAAUCAAAUGAAUGGAAAUGCUUUUCCAAUCAUCACAAAGACCAUUAAUGCAAUACUAGAGACGGGUGAUGAAGAAAAUCUAUUUAGAACUCAAAGAACACAGUGUCUUCUAGUAUAUUUUCUGAAAGUUUUGCAUUCAGCCAUAGGAAUGGCAAAACUUAACCGUCGUGUAAAGGAGAUGGAGGAAUGUUUACCAGUUUUGAAGGCAUUAGACUGGAAUACUGAUUUCAUAUCAAAGAGCUUGAUCUUUCAUCCAGUUGCUCAGUAUGAAGAUGACAAAAGUGAAUUUGAACAUGCAUUAUUACAAAUGGAAGAAAGGGAAGAGAAGAACAUGAAGGCAUUGGUGGAUACAGCACUACAUGAUAGCCAGAAAAUGUUCUGCUUUGUCGGGUGCUUAGCAAACACCUUCUAUUUGCAAAGCCAACUAACAGAAAUGAGUGACACAAAAAGGAUUAUUUCGGGGAAAAUAUUCGAAAUGCUGCAGAAUGAUCUUCCAAAAACCCAGUGUCGAAUCGUUGAACUGUUUUUAAAAGUUAGGGAUUUCGCUCAUUCACUGUUUAAUUCGUUCGUUCAGUCACCAGCAGCAGACACACAAAUUGUUUCUGUGUUAACUCACUUAUUAUCAUUGAUUAUUUUCAAAGGAGAAACUGGAAAUCUAUGGUAUGACAUUGUAACAGAUGUUGCCGACAUCAAUUCUAAAUACCUACCUGGAGUGACUGUAGUAGAUAUGGAGAAAUCUUCUGAAUACGCUGUUGAACUUGGCAUUUGUUGCAAAACCAGAUUCUGUAGUUCUGAAAAGCAUUGUCCUCAGUGUAGUGCACCAUGUGAAACUGAUGCUCAUACUCAAAAGGCAUCGGCGAAAAAGAGGGAAGUAGGAUACGAAAAACCCACGGAAAGAUGUGUUACGUCUGGAUUCCUUUCAUCGAUCACGUGUCACUUUUUUCAAUUUUUUAUUCACGGCUGCAUUACGUUGUCACUUGCUGCUGAAUUAUCAGAUGCUGACAAAAUUAGAAAAGUGCUUCAUGUGGAAGAAGAACCUGAAGACAGACUGACAGAUAUUUUGCAUAUGAAGUGGGAACACAUGAAAUCUCUAACACAGCUGAAUGAUGAUGAAUUGUGUACACUAGUUCAUGUAGUUAUUCAUAAAAUGCCAGAUCUUUUCACCAAGGGAAAUGCACCAUAUGCUUGUAAGACUGAGGAAGACUGUGAACAUCUAGAGAGAGAUUUUCAAGCAUGUCUUAAUGACAUUCUGAGAGAAAAAUUCAAGUGCAUCACGAGAGCAAGACAGUUGGUUUGUAAGAAAAAUGACAUAGACCUCUCCUCUUUGGAAUGUCAGAUUCAAGAGAUCUCUGUGAUAGACGAGCCCCAAGAAAAGGAACUAAUGUUGCCUAGACUUUUCCGCAUGACGUCUCCUGUAACAAAGGAUGCAAUGAUUGCUCAGAUAUUCUUUGAAGAUAAUCAUAAAAGGUACCCAUUCUUGAGCUUUGUUUUGAAAAACGAAGACAUUCUAACUCUUCCCAAAUUCAUCCUGCCAAUAUUAAGAUGGCACCAGUCAACAGUGUCUAUUGGGAGUUACAAGAUGAAAAAAGUUGACUGUAAAGAGGAAACAAUUGAAAAAUUUUUCCGAAUGGAGAAUGACGAAACGAGAAGACGUCUUUUGAAGAAAAGGUUUGAGGAAUUCAUAACUUCAUGGAAUGAAUUGAUAACUAAACAUGGACACUUUCUGAAAUCAUCUUUAUCAGAGGAAGACAAUAUGUCACACAAAAACAAAGUGAUCUCCUGCAUUAUUACUGAUGAGAGCUCAGUGAUCCAGAAUGUUCUUCUUGAACUUGUUGAAAUUCACAAUUAUAUUGUAGACACAUGUCUUAAGAUUGCCUCAACUUCUGAUGCCCAAUCACUCAAUUUCUUGAUGUGUGGUGACCAGCAGUCUAAAACAAAAUCAACUUCACUGUGGGAACUUUCUUCUAGGGAUAUCAUCAGUGUUACUUGGGAUGAUAAAAUUCUAAGAUUCUCGCAGUGUAAUACUGAGUUUGGAGAAGGGAAAGACAGAUGUUAUGAUCUGCAUAAAAUAGAGAGUGAGAUAGCGUAUGAUUUAAUACUAGGAAAGCCAUAUAUAUCUGUUCCAUCAACCUUUCCAAGAAUUUUGUUUGUUGAUGAAUUGUUCCAAAAUACUAUUCAGUUGCUUGAAAGUAUCAGGAUGACUAUUCCCCAAGAAAGGAUUCCAGAUAAUGUUCUAAAGGGACUACUGAAGAAAAAAGAAAGUGACAGUUCUCAAAUCCCUGAACUCAUGACGGUACUCGGAAUGUCUUUGUCGCUCUUGAAGAAGACAAAAGGGGAUCCAAGUUUACCACUCGCAGGAUAUCUUGAGAACUGGAAAGAUAUUGCUUUAUUUCACAAGGGAUAUAAACGUCUUCUACCAGAACCAGAGGAUGCAGUAAAAUUAUGCCAUGUGGUUAACCUGUAUAUAAAGCUUGAGGAAUUAAAUGGAGAAAUCAUUCUUGACACUCUAGAUUUAAAGUACAAAGACAAUAUACCACCAGAGGGAAGAGGGAAGCUUGAAACCAUCGGAGAUAAUUAUAUAAGUCACCUUGAAGUGCUAGGAGAGACAUUAAAAGUAUUCAUCCAUAGAUGUCUAACAACUCAAGAUAACAACAUCUCUCUGGAUCAGCAGCUAUUGGAUUACAUUAAAGAUAAAGAAUUCUGGCCAUAUGGGAAUUUAGAAGAUGAGCAAGUUUCUGUAAAGGGUCAGAAAAAGAAACUGUCAGAUAUUGUCUGCACCACCCUGCGUGUAAAACACAUUUACCACACAGUCAGAUUCAUUCUGGAUUUUGUAGAGGAAAAACAAGCAAUGUAUCUGAAAAUAUCUCCAAUUGCUGCAUCAUAUGGUGCCCAAAAAGACCUGGACGUAAAGGCAAGAAAAAUGAAGAAUGUGAAAAAGAAGUUUGGGAAGACGUAAAGAAAACAGGCUUUUUUCUACUUGCAGAUAAUAGGAUGGAAGACAUCGAGGAUAUGAGGGAAUUCCGAUGACUGUAUAUAUAGACUAUUUUCUAGAAAAACAUUCCAAGCAUUGAAUUGUAUUGCUUUAAUGUAACCAUUGCAUUCUGAGGAAUAUUUUUGCUCUUGUACAUGCUUCUUUUUUUUUUAAUUAUGUGUAAAUAACUUUUUUUACCCUAAUUUUUCAUAGAUCUGUUUUUUUUUAAAAUGUAGAAACUGAAUUCUUCAUUUUUGCUCUUAACUUUAGGGGAAUUAUUAUUGUAUCGCAUUUGUAGCACUGUUGAAAAUGAGCAAUGUCACACGCACACACAGAGAGAGAGAGAGAGAGUUUAGUUGCUUUAUAUUGAUACAUUGUUAAUGAGCAUGUGUACAGUGAAAAACUUGCUCAUCGGAGUUUUUGGGGUUUUUUAAAAAAAUUACAAUUCCAUGUUUGCUAAGGAGAUCACAAAUUUUACUAUAUAUAAACAACUUAAGAGUCUAUAGAUUGUAUACAUAUGUUUUAUUAUGCUUUCAUUUUAUGAUAUUGAAAAUGUACAUGUAAUUCGAAAAGUUAUGAAUGAACUAGAUUAUAUUCGCUGCAAUUUAUAUUUCACAUUUUUACCUACAGUAAAAAUAACGAAAAUAAAAUUCAGUGAAAAAGUGGGUUGUAUUCUGUAUAACACACACUGGUUGAAAAUGAUGUAUUACAAGUACUAUAUAUGUUAGUUAUGUAAUGAUUGUUUUCGCUUUAUUUAGUGAUUGUUUUCGCUUUUUGUAAUGAUUGAUUUUGUGAGGGGUUUUUCUGAUUAUGUUUUGCAAUGUUGAAAAAGAAAAUGUUAUGAACUAUUUUAAAUGUUGAUGUAGUGUAAACUAAUUUAGAGCAUUGUGCUGAAUUUAUGUAAUGUAUCACCAUACUCGGUAAAGUUCUAUUGAUACAAUCAAAAUUUAGUAAAUGUGUCCAAAAUUAGCAUGUUUUCAAAAGAAGUUGAAAGUGCAUGUACAUUUAAAAUACAUGUAGAGUCGUGAAUUACUGAUGUGUAGGAAGUAUUAGGACAACAUUUCUUGAAUUUCGAUUGUAUCUACUAUACAUAAUAUAUGUUUAUAGUAAUUAUAUAAAAGGCGAUCCAAUGUUAGUGGCUAAUUAUGAUAAUUAUCAAAUGUGGAAUAGAAUUUGAUAAUUAUAACAGUUCUGUUAAAAUGUGUGAACCAUCACUGUGUGUGAACUGGCACACUAACAUUGGCAAGUAACAACUGUUUGCCAGCUAGUAUAUUUUAUUCCACAAGAGAACUUGUGGAAUUUUGAACAUAAUUCAGUGAUGGGAUUGUUAUUGAAAAUAUAUGGUAUUUGAUUAAAAUUUAUUUUAGCUGUG